AUGUCGAUAUCCCCCGUCGCCGCACCGCACUCGGUGCCGCACGUGGUGAUCCACGUGAACGAGCCCUCGACGUCGGGCUCGGACCACGAGCGCCUCGCCACCCCGGGUGCCCACAGCACCGUUGCACCGAGCAUCACGCCCUCGUCCUCGUCAAUGUCACCGCCUGCGCCCCCAAGCUCGGGUGGCAUGGUCAAGCACGAGCUUCCCAUCGAAGAGGACGAGCUUGACGAGCUCCGUGACGACGACCCGGUGCCCACGCCCCGCCCAACGCUGUCGUCGGUGGCCCCCGGCCCCAGCCCAAAGCCUGCGGCGAACAGUGGCUCCAAGAGCCGCAAGAGCUCCUGCGACCUGUGCCACCACCGCAAGAUUAAGUGUGACCAGGUCCGCCCUUCAUGCUCGUCGUGUAUGCGCAAGGGCCAUCCAUGCCACUACUCGGAGGAGACCGAGGCCAACAACCCCCACGCCGCGCGUCGUUCGUCGGACAAGUUUACUGGCGACGUGCGUCAGCCCGUGCCGCAGGGCAGCCGGGCCACGUUUGCAGUCUCGAACGGCGGGUCGCCCGCGUGGAUAUCCAGCUCGUCCAGGCCAAAGAGCUCCUUGCAAAACGGCAGCCGCCCUGCGUCCGCAGCCGGUGGCGGCAGCGCCAGUGCCGCCGACCGCAAGCGCCGCCUGGACCGUGACCGCAUUGUGAACGGCUACGGAUCAAGCAGCGACGAGGGCGAUGCCGAUGCAGAGGGGAGUGUCGGGAGUAAGGGUCCAUCCCGUGCUCCCAACGGCAACGGUAACGGCAGCGGCAACGGCGGCGGCGUGGACAAUGAACUUGCCGACAUGCUUGGCGACACAAAGGACGACGAGGUGGACGAGCUCCUGGACAGCGGCGACGAAGGAACGUCGUCGCGCGGCAAGAAGCGUGACGCCUCGGUCGACGACGAGCUGUCUGGCGAGCUCCUCGAGCUGGCCUCGGCGCCGCCCAAGAAGAAGAAGGCUCGCAUCCCCGUCGUCCCAGACAUGAGUGGCCGCGCCUCUGGGGGAUCAUCCCGUGCACGACCUCCUACCGCCCGCACGUCGCUCCCGGCGUCGCUCCACCACACGGCGGCGGCUGCCGUUCCCCCAACGUAUGCAGGCCGCUACGACGCCUACAACGUCCCUCUGGUGACUCUCAUGCAGUCGCUCCCAUCGCCCGAAACGCAGUCGAUCCUGUUCAACACGUUCUUCUCCGACCCGUUCCUCACAGAGGGCAUCUCCCUCCUCCAGCCCCAGUUUGUCGAGGAUUUCCACUCACUCGUCGAACGUCGGGCCAGCCAAAAGCUGCGCGAGGGCGACGCCACGACGCUGGCCAACGCGUUUGCAUUCUUGGCAGUGGCACUGCGUGUCCUGCCGGAAGAGACGGGCAAGCUGCUCCUUGCUUCGGGCUCUUCGGCGGCGACGAGUGCGCCCCGUUCGGCUGGGCGUAUCAUUGCCAACCAGAUGGGCUCCGCCAACGACCCGACCCCGCUCGACCAGCGGUACUUUGAGCUUGCCCUGCUUGCGGCGCAGAUUGCCGAGCAGCGCGAUGCGCCUUCGGUAAUGUACGUGGUCCACAAGCUGGUUCUUUUCCGCUACGCGACGCUGGGGUUCCGCAAGGACAAGGUCGUUCUGGCCGGCGGCUGGCUCGCACAGGCGAUCAAGACGGCACAGGCCCUCGGUAUGAGCAAAGAAUGGGAAGGUAUCCCGCAAGGGGAGCGCGAGCUGCGUCGGCGCGUCAUGUGGUCGCUCUACGUUGCCGACCGCCAGUUUGCGUUUGACACGGCGUUCCCUUACACCAUUCUCGACACGCACCAAGGCAUUCACCUCCCGUCACCAAUCUCCGAAGCCGACCUGUACAAGAUCGCGCCAGACUCACCCACCCUCCCACCACACUCGACCGAGUCGGGCCCUACGGCGUGCACUGCCUUGUUCAUCCACACGCACCUCGCACGUCGCAUCACCCCCAUCCUCGACUCGUUUGCCACUGUCGGACCGUCAGGAACACCACACGACCUCGUCCUCCGCUUUGAUGCCUCGCUCGACGCGUUCCAGGACGCCCUGCCACCUUACCUCCGCCUCUUCCCGCUCACGGACACGCGCUUCGACUCGCAGCACCCUUACCUCGCCCCACACCGCGUGCGCCUCCACUCGACCCUCUUGUCGUACCGUCUCGGCGUCCACCGUGCCCACCUCGCGACCUACCUUGCUCCGCAGAGCUUGCCAGCUGUUCGUGCCGUGAUUGCCCAGGUAUGCCUCGCGUCGCUCCGCUGUCAAAAGUCGGCCAAGAUGCUCGACCCCAAAAUCUCGCCGCGGCUGUUCAACCCGGCGACCGUGUUCGAGUCGGCCGCGACCCUCGCGUUGAUCAUGUAUGUCGAGCGCGCCGUGGCAGGUCCCAGCGGCUCUACCUCGAUCGUCAUGUCAAGCGAGUACCUGGCCAUGCGCGCCGGUGUUGCCGACGGCCUCGAGCUGCUCGACAGCCUCGGCUCGUCCAGCGACAAUGCGGCUUACGCACGCGGUGCCGUCCGCGUGCUGCGCGAGGUCAUUACCAAGGUCGACGCCGGUCCCAAGGCCGUCCCGGGCAGCUCGACGUCGCCCACACUCAACGGCAACGGGCUGGACAGCGACGGUGCCGCCAACGGAGGAGGCAAGUCGGCCUCCCCUGCAGGCCGCGACGGCUCGCCGUCGUCCACCAACCCCUUCCUCGCCGGUGUGGCCGCCUGGCUCGACGUCUGGCGUGUUGCAGGCAUCAACGUCGACUAUAUCUUGCGCGAGGCCGACUGGCCGAGCUGGGAGAAGAUCAUUGCUCCCAUGUAA